ACAAAAAAAGAAUUAGAAGAAGAUAGGCUAAACAAAAAUGAACUAAGCAAAGAUGGACUAAACAAAGAUACCAAACUAGAAGAAAACACUAAAGUAGACAAAGAUACUGAACAUCCAAAAUAA